UGGAAAUGUCCGGCCCUGCCAAGCCCCUGACAUCUUUCCUGAUUGAGGACAUUCUGUCCAGGAAAGACAGCACAACACUGGACGGCAAGUGCUGCUCGAUGAAGGUGGACAGAUGUUCACAGUGGGAAGAGGAAUCUGAAAAGAUAUCAGCGCAAUCUUAUUCUCAGGAGUCCAUGCUUGGAAUGCAGACAGAGUCUCACACAUCCUCUCCGAGCUCCUCAGAGUCAAGUUUCUCCUCCGCUGGGAAACAGAAGCGCUCCAGAGCUGCAUUCACACAUCUCCAAGUGCUUGAACUCGAGAAGAAAUUCAAUAGCCAGAAGUAUCUGUCCGCCUCGGAGAGAGCUCACCUGGCCAGCACCUUGAGACUAACCGAGACCCAGGUGAAAAUCUGGUUUCAGAACAGGCGGUACAAAACGAAACGGAAGCAGCAGACAUCGGAGGUCUUUAAGGAUGUGUUCAGAGCAGAUGGACUGUGUCUGAGGGAGGAUUUGGUCAGAUCAUCACUAAUAACCUUCUGUAAAGCCUAUCAAUACAGACCCUACCUGUGGGAUUACAGUGGUGCCUGGGGACCCACGAUGUGGUGA